AUGCUCCGUCUCCUCUUGCUCCUCGCCAUGGCGUCUCUCCUCUGUCUCGUCGCUGCCGGCGGCGCGGAUGCACAAGCCGUCCUCGGCCGUCGAGCCCAGCCGUUCGGCGUCGCUGCCCAUGCCGUGCCUGCUCGCGGCGAGGCGCACCGGCGAGCGCGCCUGCCCGAUCGGCCCGUGCCUCUCGUGCGCGCCGACGUGGACUCAGUGGCCAACGCCGCUCGCCGCGACAGCGCCGAUGCGAGCCGUGAAGCGCGCAUCGCAGCGGCGAAAGAGGCGGCGCAGAAUGCUCCGGAGAACUACGACCCCGACGACGGAUGGCCGCAUCCGCUUCCGUGA